AUGACAGUGCAGGACGAGCUGCUACUGCAGCAGCAACAACCGCAGCAGCCGCGCGAGAAGGACGCGCAGUGGCAUCAGCACCAGCAACACGACGUGAAGCAGCAACAGGACGAGUCGAGCCGCUGGGGUCCGCCGCUCCCGCCCACGACGAUCGCCUCAAGGAUCGCCGAUCGGCUCAGCGAGCUGCCAGCACCGCGCUGGGGCCCACUCCUCCCUCGCGAUACGGUCGUGUCCCGCAUCGUGGAGCGACUCGAAGACGUACCAGCUCCACGGUGGGGACCCCCACUGCCGCGCCGCAUCGUGGCCUCACGGAUUGCGGAGCGCCUCGCACCAGUAACGCCACCAGCCAACAGUGAAGUUACGGCCGCAGAGGAGGACAAGGUGGCGACGCCUGCUGACGUGACCCUUGCCUACGAGGACGAGGAGAGCAAGGAAUGUGAAUCGCCGAGCAUGGUCACCGAAGAGACCAAGGACAGCGAAGAACCCGCGGCAACGGCAGACGAAUGGCUCCUCAAGUUCGACGGUGGAUGCCGUGGUGCUCCAGGACCCGGUGGAGCAGGUGCCGUGCUGUUCAACCCAAGCGGGGCGGCAGCAUGGUCUUGCUCGUGCUACAUGCCAGGCAACACGGAGACUAACAACACUGCUGAAUACACAGCUCUCCUCCUCGGUGCUCGUGCCGCUGCGGACCAUGGUGCCACGCGACUUCGCGUCCAGGGCGACAGCCAGCUAGUUAUCCGACAAGUCAAGGGUAUCUACGGCACGAAGAGUACCAGACUACGCAACCUACGCAACGCUACUCGUGCCGAGCUGACAAGGGUGGGGCAGUUCACGCUCCACCACAUUGACCGCCAGGACAACGCCCAUGCCGACCGCCUCGCGAACCGAGCGCUCGACAUGAAGAGCACACUGGUGGAAUGUGCCGACCACCCUGGACGGAACGCCUGUACCACCACACUGGCGACCGCUGCGGAGGCUGCUCCACCACCAACUCCUCCGCCGGUGGGCGCUGCUGACGUGCCAAUGGAAGAUGGUGCCGACGAAGAGCGCCAGGCCGACAUCGACGAUGGCGAAGUGUAUGCGCCGAUGCACUUCGGA